UUUCUUAGAUCAUUGAUAUCUGGCAGUUACGGAAGAACUGUUUAAUCUAACGUACAGUUGACGGUGAGUUGGAGGGGCAAGACAGAAACUGUAGUUGUAUUCAUGGAAAAGCCACAAACGAUGAAAGUUUUUGAUGACUAUGACACGUUGGUAAUUUGGCUAAAAAAUGUCAAGUACGCAUAUGGUGAAACCGGACAGGUCACUUACAAGGGUCGCGUGUUCUCCUUCACAACAGAGAAAGAGCUGAUCACAUUAGGCCAUUGGGCUUGUGACGGAUUGGUAAUUGAUGUUGCAACUGAUGUAUGGGCAAAAGGAAGGCAUUAUUACACUGUGCAACUCGCUAUUGAAAACGGUGUCAAGGACCUGAUCCGAAAGCUCAAGGUUGAACACAACAUAGACCUUUAUUGAAAAACUAAGCCAGUCUCUUUCUGUUAAAACAGUUGUUUCACUAUUAUUCAUCUCACGAUAGUUGUUUCACUAUUAUUCAUCUCACGAUAGUUGUUUCACGAUUAUUCAUCUCAGCUGUAAGACAUUUAAGUGGUUCACAAAAUGCCUAAGUUUUUGAAACAUUUCUAUUAUUAGCUGUGACAAGAAUCGAAAUAAAACUGUUUUCUUAAUCCUUAA